CCCCCUGCACCGCCCCGCGCCAUGGAGAGCGACCGCGCCGGGCGGGAGCCCCAACGCCGAGCUGCGCCCGGGAAGACACCGUCCCCGAUGGGAGACAGCGUGCUGCCCCCCCCCCUUGGGGACACCGUGCAUGGAGACAGCCCCCCACAGUGUGACCGACCCGUCCUCCCCGCUGCGACCCCCUCCCCAAUGGCCACCCCCCCACCAGGACAGCUCUGCCCUGUUCCCGCAGCCGUGACCCCCCCAGGACAGCCCAUGUCCCCCAUCCCUGCAGCUGUGGCUCCCUCAGCAGAGAGCGUCCCACCCUGGGGUGACAAGACCCCCCCUGCACACCCCCAUCCUCGCACUACAGAGCAACCCAAAGAAGAGGCAUCACGCAGCACCGCUGGCCAGCCGCCGCCUGUCCCCACUGCCCCGUGCCCAGCGGAGAUGCUGCCCCAUGGGAGCACCACCGUGGCCCCCACUGCUGGCAAAGGGGCACCCUCCGAUGCCAAGAGUCCCCUGGGAAGCACAGCCCAGCCCCCCAAGGACGUGCCCCCCAAGGACACACCCUCCAAGGACAUUCCCCGCAAGGAUAUGCCCUCCCAGGAUGUCCCCUCUAAGGAUGCAUCCCCCAAGGACACACCUUCCAAGGAUGCCCCCCCCAAGGGUGACCGUGCCACUCCAGCUGCCGCAUCGCCAUCUUCAGCUGCCAGCCCCAGGCCCAAGCAAGCAGAUGCUCAGAAGGCCCAGGCACGGCACAGGCAGGCGAAGGAGCGGCGAGAGGAGCGGGCCAAGUACCUGGCGGCCAAGCGGGCGCUGUGGUUGGAGAAGGAGGAGAAGGCCAAAGUGCUGCGGGAGCGGCAGCUGGAGGAGCGCCGGCGGCGGCUGGAGGAGCAGCGGCUGCGGGCAGAGAAGCGCCGUGCGGUGCUGGAGGAGCGGCAGCGGCAAAAGCUGGAGAAGAACAAGGAGCGCUACGAGGCGGCCAUCCAGCGCUCGGCCAAGAAGACGUGGGCAGAGAUCCGGCAGCAGCGGUGGUCGUGGGCAGGGGCCCUGCACCAAGGUUCUGCCGCGCACAAGGAUGGUGCGAGCCGCUGCUCAGUGUCUGCCGUAAACCUCCCCAAACACGUCGACUCUAUAAUCAACAAGCGGCUCUCCAAAUCCUCUGCCACCCUCUGGAAUUCUCCCAGUAGAAACCGCAGCCUGCAGCUGAGCCCCUGGGAGAGCAGCAUAGUGGACCGGCUGAUGACACCCACGCUGUCCUUCCUGGCACGCAGCCGCAGCGCCGUGACACUGGCCGGGAAUGGCAAGGAGCAGGUGCCCGUGUGCCCCCGCUCGGCCUCUGCCAGCCCCCUCAGCCCCUGCCACAACCACCGCCUGCCGCACCGCUGCUGGGAGCGGCGGAGGGGCACUGCUGGCAGCCCCGAUGUGACACCGCGUCGCCGUGCCGAGUCCUCACCGAAGAAGAAGGAGAAGAAGGAGAAGGAGCGGGAGAAUGCCAAGGAACGCAGUGCGCUGUCCCGCGAGCGCAGCCUCAAGAAGCGGCAGUCACUGCCUGGCGCACAGCCCCGGCUCCUGCCCACAUCUGACAGCAGCCCCGGCCCCAAGAACCGUCCCUCAUCCCCAGCCACCCCCAAAACCCGCCCAGCAUCCCCCAGCCCAGCUCUGGCCUCACCCCACAAGCCGCCCCUGCCCCGCAGUGCCCACUCCUCCCCCAAGGUGCGGGCCAGGGCGCGGGAUGAGCGGGGCGAGCAGGAUGGCCAGGCCAAGGGGCGCGAGAGGAAGGAAGAGGAGAAGGGCCCAGCCACCCCCGAGCCUCCCAGGGUUCCCACGGAGCCGGCAGCAGCCCCCUCGGCUCCCGCAGCCCACAGCCCCCCCAGCAGACCCUCGGCCGGCACUACGGACCGGGAGGAGGCCGCCCGACUGCUGGCAGAGAAGCGACGCCAGGCCCGCGAGCAGCGGGAGCGCGAGGAACGGGAGCGCCGGGAGCAGGAGGAGCAGGAGAGGCAGAUGCAAGAGGAGAGGGCACGGCAGGCAGCGGAGGAGCAGAGCCGCAGGGAGGCCCUGGCACGGCAGCGGGAGGAGGAGCGGCAGCUGCAGGAGGAGCGCGAGGCCCAGGAGAAGGCACGGGCAGAACGGGAGGAGACGGAGCGGCUGCAGAGACAGAGAGAAGAGGCUGAGGCGAAGGCACGCGAAGAGGCUGAGCGGCAGCGCCUGGAACGGGAGAAGCAUUUCCAGCGUGAGGAGCAGGAGCGGCUGGAGAGAAAGAAGCGCCUGGAGGAGAUCAUGAAGCGGACGCGCAAAUCGGAUGCAGCAGAUGCCAAGAAGAAGGAAGACAAGAAGAUAGUGAACGGGAAAGCAGUUGAGCAGGAGCACAGCACAGGUGGCGAGAAGAGAGCAGGGCCGAUGCCAAAGGCAGAGGAGCUGCCGGAGACGGAAACACCGAGUGCAGGGACGCUGGGGACACUGAAGGGCCCGGCAGGCGAGGGGCUGCAGCCCAGUUCUCCAGCCAAGGAUGUGGCAGCCCCAGUUGUGAAUGGCGUGCAGCCCAGCAAGCAUGAAAACGGCUUCUCAGGCACCGAGGGCUCCUCAGAGCUGCUGGAGCUUUCCCACCACGGUGGCAGCCCCAGCAGCAUCAUCCCGUUCGGCGACAAGGAGCCCUUCCUCAAGCAGGCAGUGGUCAAACCCCCCCAGGUCACAGAGGUGCUGUGAGGCCCGGCCCUGGCUGAUGUCCCCACGGAGCACCGCGCAGACCCAUAGCUGUUGUCAGAAGGAAACACCUCGCUGCUCUCCUCCGCCCACCUGGCCAUGCCACGAGGAGCCCAGGCAGCACGAGGCUCCAACAUGGCAGCCGCCAGCCCUGAGCCCACACCGGGGCCUCCUGGUUUCUCAGUUGUUUUUAUUUCAUUUUGUUCUUUUUUUUAAAAAAAAAAAACAAAAACAAAACCAAACAACCAUGCACCUUAUCAGCCUGCCGCCCCUGCCCACCGCCCGCCCGAGCCACCCCAGACGUGUGCUGUCAUACUGUGGUUAUUUAAUUCGCUGGGUACAAUGUAUGUGAAUACUGUAAAUAGCGCUCGGCCGACAGCGGGGGGGCUCGGGGCCGCCCGUCCCCUUUGUCCCCACGCAUGUCUGCGUGCACCCGGGGCUGGGCCGGGCCCACGCUGCUCUCCGUGCCGUUGUGACAGUGUUAUGCAUCCGGACAACCUCUACGAACAAUAAAAGUGGACAACCACGCAA